CCAACGGUUGCACCGUGAGACUGGUACAGGACCUAUUACCUGCACAAUCUGUGAUCGCCAACACAGGCUUAACGGCCACCUGGCUCGCUUCCCUCAGGAUGAUCCUGCCCAGCAGGUUGUCUCUGUUUAAGACACUCCUGGGUGGAGGGGGCCUGUGGGACGACCAAAGAAGUCGUGGCUUGGGUAGAUCGAUCAGACCUGUCGUGAUGAACUUGAGAUGGGCCGAGUCCCUGCCUGGCGAUUUGCCAUGAGGGACCCUCGCAGGUACAAGCAGAGGGUGGAUGCUGCUAUUAUAGAAGGGAGGGAUCAAUUACAUUAUGUACAAAUAAAUAAUGGAAAGAUACUGGUGGGCUGUAUUGUUAGCAACUUAUUCCUUGUUUUUAUUCUUAUAAUGUUUAUUGCUAAGAAUUACAUUGUGAUAUGCCACUUGUUUAUUAUUUGUUUAGAGAAUAAAAAGUUUAUGAUAUGAGUGUUUCUAUUCCCCUUGUACAUUUGGUACACACUCAACAGAGGAAUGAAUUCAUUCCACCUCACAAGCCUUGACUGUAAACUUAUGCUACCCAUAUUAAAAUUUGAUGUCAACUGGGUUUCUAGGGAUUUUCUUCAAGGUCAUAUCAUGGGAUAGAAAAUUUGAAAUGAUUGUGCACUUUUUCAAAUUUUGAGAAUAGUUCUCCAACAUACUGGGAAUAGUAAUUUAGUAGAAUAUAUUUGAAAUUCUGAAUAUGAAAAAAUUAUGUUUCUUACAGUAAUCUUACUACAGAAUCUACAUCUAUUCACCAGCGAACUGCAUCUGUAAUGUUUAUUUUAGCAACCCAUUUCCACCUUCAUCUCAGUUCAGUCGAAUACCAUAUGGUAUGUAAGUAAGGACAAUGAGUACAAAGAUUUUAUCGUGUAAAGGAAAAGGAAAUAUCCUUAUUUUUCGCUUGUACUCGAAUUUCUGUCAUGGAUAGUCACCGGCGUUACUCUCCCUUCGAUCUUUGGAAAAAAAUGAAUUUAUGCGGGUAAACAUGUGCCAAGACUGAUAAACUAAAAAAA